AUGGAUGGUAUUUUAGAUAAGCUAACCUCGUUUUAUGGUGCUAGCAAGAAGGGAGCUCCCGAGGUGAUGCAAUUGUUGCAUGAGUAUACUAGUGGGUUGGUGACUGUUGCAGUUACUACAGCACUAGGGGCGUUACUGCUGGUGUAUGUGGCAGGUAACAGGCGAGCGAAGGCUGGGAAGAGUAAAUCUGCGAAGAAGGAGAGCAAGAAGAAGGGUGGUAAGCCGAAGGCUGUUAGGAAGGAGUGUUUGACGUUGGAGGAAGGUAUAGAGGCUGUUCAGAGAAAGUUUGAAACGGAAUACAAGGCUGGUUUGACGAAGCUUUUGGAGGAUUUCGAGCCUGGAAAUGAAAAGUAUGAGUUUGAGUGCAGCUAUUACAAUGAAAUGUUGUUGAAGUUAUUAAUAGAACUCGAUGGUAUUGAGUUGACUGAAGUCACUGGCGAAAGAAAGGACAUGUUGAAGAAGAAAAGGAAGGCUGCUAUUUUGACUAUUCAGCAACAAUUAAAGAAACUAGACAAGAUCAGGACACAGCAAAGGUAA